UAAAGCGCAUGUGUAUCCAUCAAAAGACAACACUUUCAGAAGAAACUUUAUCCAGGAUUGGUCUUCUAAGCAAGGCGAAAUGAGGCUAUCGCUUCUCAUCAGCACUUGCACUUUGGCGCUCAUCGCUUUAGCCGAUGGGAGGCAGAUAGUGAAAGAUGAUCACUUAUUUCUGGGAGAUCUGUUCUCUGGUGGCAUUCAUUCAAUUGGCGAUGAUCACUUCAUCGGGGGAGGUCACUUCCAUGGCGACCAUUUGUUUGAUAGCGGAAGCCGCACGUUUGUUCCUGGUCACAUUUUUGGAGGCGUGGGCCCCAUAGCUGGUGGAAAUCAAUUCAUCGCAGAACAUCUCGCCGGUUUUGCUUUGGCACCUGGUAGCGCAGGUCCAGCAUUUCAUCCCGGAGGAAGCAUAACUGACGUCAUCGGAGUUAAGCAAAAUGUUCUGGUUGAAAGGCCUGUACCCUACACGGUGGAGAAACAAGUCCUAGUUCCAUACGAGGUUCAAAAGGAUGUGCUGGUACCAUAUCUGGUGGAGAAAGAUGUGGUUGUUGAGGUUCCAGUAGCUCAACCAUACCCAGUACCAUAUCCAGUGGAGACAAAGGUACCAGUACACAUUGAAAUUCCUGUCCCUGACCCAUAUCCUGUUGAGAUUCAGAUCCCAGUCGACAGACCCUACCCGGUAGAGGUAAAAGUACCUGAACCCUACCCAGUUCCUCAACCUUACCCAGUUGAAGUAGAAGUUUUCGUUGACAGACCUUACCCGGUGGAAGUCCAGGUUCCAGUACCUCAACCGUAUCCUGUAGAAGUCCCGAUUCCCAUUCCUGAUCCUCGUCCCAUUAUCAUUCAAGAGAAAGUACCUGUCGCUGAUCCUUACCCCGUGGAAGUUAAAGUUCCCAUUCCCGAACCAUAUCCAGUAGAGGUUAAAGUUCCAGUUGAUCGUCCUUAUCCAGUUGAAGUCAAUAUUCCUGUUCCUUCUCCAUAUCUCGUAGAAGUCCCAGUCCCUGUCGAUAGACCGUAUCCAGUUGAAGUGAAUGUGCCAGUUCCAGAUCCAUAUCCCGUCGAAGUCCAGGUACCAGUUGAUCGUCCUUACCCAGUCCAAAUUCCAAUCCUAAUCCCUGACCCGCAGCCUUACCCUGUCGAAGUCAAAGUACCUGUAUCCGAUCCAUAUCCCGUACAAGUUAAUGUUCCUUACCCUGACCCCUACUACGUUGAAGUUCAGGUACCAGUAGAUCGUCCAUACCCUGUAUUCGUAGAGAAGAAAAUUCCUGUUUCCGAUCCCUAUCCUGUAGAAAUAACAGUUCCAGUUGAUAGACCAUACCCUGUAGAAGUCCCAGUACCUAUUGAUCGUCCCUACCCGGUUGAAAUUAAGGUCCCAUUCCCUGAACUUCAACCAUAUCCGGUCCCUGUUAAAAUCCCAGUCCCAGAACCUUACCCUGUUGAAGUGAAAGUUCCCAUUGAUAACCCAUACCCAGUGAUUGUCGAGACCCAGGUACCAGUUCCAGACCCAUAUCCUGUAGAAGUUAAGAUUCCCAUUGACCGUCCAUACCCUGUCGAAGUCAAGGUCCCGUAUCCUGACCCAUACCCUGUGUACAUUCAAGUCCCCGUAGACCGCCCUUAUCCUGUGGAAGUUGAAGUUCCUAUCCCAGAUCCUCAACCCUACCCUGUUUACAUAGAAACCAAGGUCCCAGUACCAGAUCCAUACCCAGUAGAAAUCAAAGUACCUUACCCAGUCUACGUCGCAAAGCCUUACCCCGUUGAAGUAGAGUUGCCUGUCGAUCGACCUUAUCCAGUGGAGGUUCAAAUUCCAAUUCCUGAGCCAUAUCCCGUUAUUGUAGAGAAGAAAGUACCCGCACCUCAACCAUAUCCAGUCGUCGUCGAGAAGGAGAUCGCAGUUCCCGAUCCCUACCCAGUGGAAGUUCCCGUACCUGUCGACAGGCCGUAUCCCGUCCAUGUACCUCAAUCCAUACCCGUGGUACUUGACAGACCACUCGCUUACCCUUACGAAAUUGAAAGAACCGUUGAAGUCUUUGCUGAUAAAACGUUUCCUAUUUCAUUACCUCAAGCAUAUUCAUCAGAUUUCGAUGUCAAUUCUCAUUUUACUCCUUACGCAUAUGAAAAAAUCAUACCACACGAUGUGGAGAGAAAUUUCGGAAUAGAAAUUGAUAAAUACUACAGUGGCCCCGUGGUACAACCCCUCGCUCUUGAUGUGGAGAGAUUUAUAACAUAUCCGGCUGAGAAAGCGGGAUAUGGCAUCAGCGGACCCUUCGGGCCAUUUGCCCCAGAAUUCUAUAAUCCAUCAUAUACAAAUCCUCUCACAUACUCCAUCGAAGAGGACGUUCCCUGUGUCUUAGAGACUUAUCAUACAGACUUUGGUUACAAGGGAUACCCUCGUACAUUACAUCAUUAGUAAUAACAAGCUAAUCAGUAUUUAUUGAACCAUUUGUUUAUUAUUU